AUGCCAGAUGAUAAACUGCACGACCCACAGGAUCUCAAUCAUAAGCUGCCUCUGCUGUGGCGCCAUUCAACAAACAGAAGAUUUUCAGCAACCUUUCUUUAUGCAGGUGCCAUGAACAACAAGUUCAGCAUCCUGAACUCUACCUCUGAUUCGGAUCUGAUGCGUUACCGCGCCAUCAGUAAAAUCCCACAGAUCACGCUCAACUUUGUGGACUUUAAACCGGACCCUCUCAUCUCCCUCCCGGCCGGAGAAAUGGACAUCAUCGCACCUUGCAAACUCAUCGACCGCACGCACAACGUCACUGACAAAGUCACUCAGGUGCUGUCGCUGGGCGCUGACGUUCUGCCGGAGUACAAGCUCCAGACGCCGCGCAUCCACAGGUGGACAGUGCUGCACUACAGCCCGUUCAAGGCGGUGUGGGACUGGCUGAUCCUGCUGCUGGUGAUCUACACGGCCAUCCUCACGCCGUACUCCGCCGCCUUCCUGCUCGACGGAGACGAGGACAGCUCCGGGCAGAACUGCAGCUACUCCUGCAGCCCGCUCAACGUGGUGGACCUCAUGGUGGACAUCAUGUUCAUCAUCGACAUCAUCAUCAACUUCCGCACCACCUACGUCAACGCCAACGACGAGGUGGUCAGCCACCCGCUGCGCAUCGCCGUGCAUUACUUCAAAGGCUGGUUCCUCAUCGACAUGGUGGCCGCCAUUCCCUUCGACCUGCUCAUAGACCGCACCGGGGAGGAGAUGAGUACAGAGCCAACUCAACAGACCACCCUCAUCGGCCUGCUCAAGACGGCGCGUCUUUUACGUCUCGUCCGCGUGGCGCGUAAACUGGACCGUUACUCUGAGUACGGCGCGGCCGUCCUCUUUCUGCUGAUGUGCACGUUCGCUCUGAUCGCUCAUUGGCUGGCCUGUAUCUGGUUCGCCAUCGGGAACGUGGAGCAGAACCGCUCCAUCGGCUGGCUGCAUGCGCUCGGCGUGGAUCUGGGCAAACCACACAACAGCAGCAUCAGGGGAUCGGGACCCAGCAUCAAGGACAAAUACGUGACCGCUUUAUACUUCACCUUCAGCAGCCUGACCAGCGUGGGCUUCGGGAACGUGUCGCCCAACACCAACUCCGAGAAGAUCUUCUCCAUCUGUGUCAUGCUGAUUGGAUCGCUCAUGUACGCCAGUAUCUUCGGGAACGUGUCAGCCAUCAUCCAGCGGCUGUACUCCGGAACGGCUCGUUAUCACACUCAGAUGCUGCGGGUGAGAGAGUUCAUCCGCUUCCAUCAGAUUCCCAACCCGCUGCGCCAGAGACUGGAGGAAUAUUUCCAGCACGCCUGGUCCUACACCAACGGCAUCGACAUGAACGCCGUGACACGUUUCCCAGAGUGUCUGCAGGCCGAUAUCUGUCUGCAUCUGAACCGGACUCUCCUGCAGAACUGUAAAGCGUUCAAGGGCUCUAGUAAAGGGUGUCUGCGAGCGCUGGCCAUGAAGUUCAAGACCACACACGCCCCGCCGGGAGACACGCUGGUGCACGCCGGAGACGUCCUGACCGCGAUCUACUUCAUCUCCCGCGGCUCCAUCGAGAUCUUACGUGGAGAUGUAGUGGUGGCCAUCUUAGGGAAGAAUGAUAUAUUCGGUGAGCCCAUCAACCUGUACGCACGGCCCGGGAAAUCUAACGCAGACGUGAGGGCGCUGACGUACUGCGACCUGCACAAGAUCCACAGAGACGACGUGCUGGAGGUGCUGGACAUGUACCCGGAGUUCACCGACCACUUCUGGAGCAACCUGGAGAUCACCUUCAACCUCAGAGACACGAACAUGAUUCCCGGAUCCCCCAGCAGCGAGGAUUCAGACUGCGCCGGCUUCAACAAACUGCGGAGGAGAAAGCUUUCAUUCCGACGACGGACAGAAAAAGACGAUGCAGAUGCUGGAGAGAUCAAGAAGAAUCAGAAGCCCAUCCGGAGAGGCAGAAAGCAAGCAGCCAGUAACCAGAACGAGCUCAAACCGGGGUGGGAGGAGCCUCGGAAUUCUAUCUCCUCCCACUCCAGUGGUGAUGAGGGGGAGGAGCCUGUGCACACAUGCCCCACCCCUCUCACCACGCUCAUGGAUGUGACUGAAGGAGAGGGCGAUCCCAAAAUAGGAAACACAUGCAACGCCCUAUCAGGUGCAUUCUCAGGUGUGUCUAAUAUCUUCAGUUUUUGGGGUGACAGUCGGGGGAGGCAGUAUCAGGAGGUGCCCCGCUGCAAUCUCCCGUCGCCCUCGCCGUAUCCCAGCAUGCCCCUGCGCAGCAUCAGCCGCCUGCAGCGCAGCCAGAUGGAGAGCAGACUGGAGCUGCUGCAGAAACAGCUCAACAGGUCUCAGAGCCCACUGCAGUCAGACCACCUGUGUACACUAAACAGCUGUCCGAAUGAACCGACUCACUAAACCAGAUUCAGAUACACUUUGAAUGGAGUUGCAUUAACAGCCCGACAGCGCCUCCUAUUAUUAUUGAAAUGAAUUGCAUUGCAGAUCUAACAGUGCACUU